UGCGAGCGAGCGAGCGAGCGAGCGAGCGAGCUAACGGGGACCAGAAAGGAGGGCGGAAGAAGGGGGAGAGACCCGUACUCGCGCGCGCGAGAGACCGAGAGGGAAAAUCCGGUUGCCUGGCGACGAGCCAUCUAGUUCGAUCCCAGCCAGCUACUCGACCAGCCACCCUCCUCCUCCGGUUUCUCUUCGUCAUCGUCGUUGUCGUCGUCGUGGUGGUGGUGCUGGUGGUGGUGGUGUCGUCGUCGUCGUCGUCGUCGUCGUCGCAGGAGCGACGACACCGCCGUGCCGAGGAAAACGGUGCUCUGCUCCGCUCCGCUCCGUUCGGUUCCGCUCCACUCCACUUUGUUCCGUUCAGUGUUCUGUUGCUUCGGCUCUGGUUUUCUUCCCGAGAGCCGAGAAAAGACCGUCCUCUCUCUCUCUCUCUCUCUCUCUCUCUCUCUCUCUCUCUUUCUCUAUCUAUCUAUCUAUCUAUCUAUCUCUCUUUGAGAUCGUUUUCUCGCGUGGGACGCGCGUCCAACAUCGAGAGAUCGUGGCUGUCCAUUGUCAGCGCCUUCGUUUCCGAUCCGGCCAGCUCCGUAGGAAGAGUUGAGAAAAAUCAUCGUCUUGAUCGCGGGUUCGUUGUCCGCAUUGCGAGGCAUCGGCGAUUCGAUAUCCUGGACGCGGUUGUCGUCGUCGUCGUCGUCGUCGUCGUCGUCGUCAAUGUGUGUGUGUGUGUGUGUGUGUGUGUGAAUUUCCAACGACGCGCGGGGACAUUUUCGAAAGACGUUUCACGCCGAGAGUUUAUCCGGCUGAUCUCUUCCGCGGCGCGAGUGUGCGUGCUUCGAACGGUGUCUGUCUGUCAUCGUGACGUGACAGCGUGGGAACUUGCAAAUAUUACGCCCACGCUCUUUCUCUUUUCCCUUCAGCAAGAGGGAAUGAAAGAGAGACUGUGGCAAGUGCGUUUCCCAAGGACGUCGUUCCCGGUGCAUCUCGCUGGGCUGCGCGCACAGGUGGUGUCCUUCGUCUGCCGUAACAAAGCAAGAGGAACUGCGCCCGGCGUCGUUUUCGCCACAACGAAAUUAUAACGAACGAUGUUCUCGCGAGAAGAAGAAUAGACACAGGAACCGCGGUGCGUUCUCUGUUCACGAAUCACUUUCCGAAAGAAGAAGGCUAAGAGAUUACUUUCAUACACACAAAUAAUAUUUAUUUACUCGAAAUAAAAUAUAUUACAUAAGUGUUGUGUAAAAUUAAGACAAAUAUAAAUGUCUACUAGUAACAUUCAACGUCGAAUUCCAAGUAUUGCAUCGAAUUGCAUAACUAAAGGUGCCAUUUUGCCACUAAUUAAUUUAAUCCCCCCGUAAGAGUGCCGCAGUUGUAAAAAGAAAGAUAAUAAGAUAUUAAUUAAAGAAAUAAAAUUGAGAUAAAGAUAUCCAAAUCAAUUUAAAAAAUACAAGUCAAAAAUAACGUCAAAUAAUUAAAAAGAAACUGGGAAGAGAGAGAGAGAGAGAGAGAGAGAGAGAGAGAGAGAGAGAGAGAGAGAGAGAGAGACGAAGUGUCAUUGAUUGUGCGAUUAAUUUGCGAAAUAGAAAAAGAAAAGAAUUAAGAAAACGCGACAAAGAAAAGAGAACAGCGUGACAUAUCGGGGCAGGAAGUGUUUACGAGGACAAAAUCUCCUCGGCGAUUUGAUUUAAGUGCAAGAGGUACCUAAUAAGAAACGGAGACGAGGAAAAUGAACCUGGACCGCCGCAGUUCGCGAGAUCUCGCAGGCAGGAUCCUGGGGAUGACAGCGGUGGUGGUAGUCUUCGAUGAAACGCCGUCGUACGGUUUAACGACUUAGAAUUUACAUUUACACGUAAAGGUUUGCGCUCGAUAAUUGACUAUCCCUUUUUGUAACGUGGCGUAAGAUCAUCGCCAACUAUCGAAGAUCAAGCAGUUUGACUGAACAACGACGAAAACUCACGAUCUUUUUUUUCUUGACAUGUAAAUCCGGCAACGAAUUGAGAUAAGAAAGAGUAGUUUCUCGAGUAAUCAUCCAUCCAUGAAUAUAAUCUUCCGAAUUGCGUGGAAAUUUCUGCAGCGGAAUCCAUAACACAGCGACAAUCGCACAUUGAGAUCUCACGAUUAAAGUACGAGACUUGUCACUCACAUGAUAGAGAUCUCGCAGAUGCGUAAUCGAGAUUAAGUGAUAAGAAGAAAUUGUCUCGUCUUGGCGACGUACUCCUUGGAAAAUCUUCGGAUCUCUUUCUCACGGACAGAAUCUACACAAUUCACGGCAUCAUGUUCCAGUGCAUUAUACAACAAAGGAACGGCUGGAUCCAUCCUUACACUCCUGAUACCAAGGAUGUUUUUCCAGAUAUACGGCUACAGCUGAACGAGCAGCUGCGAUGUCUCGACGUCAGAAUGGAGGCGCAAGUCGCCCUCGUGGCCGAGCUCCAGGAUUUCUUUCGCAAAAGGGCAGAAUUGGAACUAGACUACAGCAAAUCCCUCGACAAGAUGGCCAGGAGCAUACAGUUGAGACAUAAGGAGCAGAAACAAAAGCGGGAACAAUGGCCCCUGUUCUCCAGCUACGCCUGCUGGCAGCAGCUCGUAAACGAGACCAAGUCUCUCAGCAGGGACCAUGCCGCCCUAUCUGAGGUCUAUAGCACCCACCUCGUGGGCCGUCUCAAUCAGGUGAUGGAGGACGUGCAGCGAAUUUACAAGCGUUGUCGCGAGAUUGGCUAUGAGACGCACGAAGAGAUACUGCGAGUGCUGCACGAGUUGCAUACGACGAUGAAGACUUACCAUGCCUAUCAGGCCGAGUCCAGGCAAGCGGAGACGAAGCUCCGCGUCGCCGAGCAGCAACGCAAUAAACUCGAGGUGGCGAACGCGGACAGUCGUGAGAAGCUCGCGCGCAGUAAAAAGUACAAGCUCAUCGAGAAGGAAGUCAACAAGAGGAAGAGCAAGUACCAGGAGGCAAAACUGAAGGCACUCAAAGCGCGAAACGAGUACAUUCUAUGCUUGGAGGCUUCGAACACGACGAUACACAAGUAUUUCGUCGAUGACCUGUCUGAUCUCAUUGACUGCAUGGACUUUGGAUUCCACAAUUGUAUAGCAAGGGCAUUGCUAAUGCACUGUAGCGCGGAAGAGGGUAGGCAGCGUUCCUUGCAAUCUGGCGCCGAACAAUUAGCUGCGUGCGUCGGUGCACUCGACUCCCGAGCGGAUAAGCAAAGAUUCCUGGAGUCUCAUCAUGCAGCCUUUAUGAUUCCUAAGAAGUUUGAGUUCCAAGGACAGCGUGGAGAUGAGACGCCCGAGCCCGAACUGCAAAAGAUGCUGCACUCGGAGAUGGAGCAACGAUUGCAGCAGUUACAGCAAAGGGUGACGUCGUUACGAACCGAGUCAGAAGAGGUGUGGAAGACACUGGAGACAGCAGAGGCGAGCUUGCUCGAGAUGCUGACCGCCAAGGAUUACGAUUGUUCGAGAUACUUCGGCGAGAACGCUGUAUCUACGUCCAGGCCACCAGAGACGUUACAGAUCAAGUUGCGAGCUGACAGACAGGAAACUGAAGAAUUCUACCUCACAAAAUUCAGGGAAUACCUUCUUGGUACGUCGAGAAUAGCCAGGUUAGACGCGAAACAGGAGUACAUCCGGCAGAGCUUGCUGGAUGGUUCGAACGCCAGCCCGAAUCCGUCGAUUUCUGCGUCGAAGCAGAAACAGGCGCGUCGCAAACGGAUCGGUCGCCUGCAGAUGAACGGCCAACCGAAGUUAUUUGGCGGCUCGCUCGAGGAAUAUCUAGAGAGCACAAAUCAGGAGAUACCGCUGAUCAUGAAGAGCUGUAUCCGCGUGAUCAAUCUAUACGGCUUGCAUCAUCAGGGUAUCUUCCGCGUGUCGGGCUCGCAGGUGGAGAUCAACAACUUCCGCGAGUGGUUCGAGCGUGGCGAGGAUCCACUUGCGGAUGUUACUGACGCUUCGGACAUUAACAGCGUUGCCGGGGUACUGAAACUUUAUCUGAGGGAGUUGCGUGAACCUCUCUUUCCCAUUAUUUACUUCGAGCAUCUAAUGGAGUUGGCCCAGCUCGAAUCGAAGCAAGACUUUGUCAAUAAGAUGAAGGAGAUGAUUGCGAGUCUACCACGACCGGUCGUAAUCGUCAUGCGAUAUCUUUUCGCUUUUCUCAACCAUCUGUCGGAGUUCUCGGAUGAAAACAUGAUGGAUCCAUAUAACUUGGCUAUCUGCUUUGGCCCGACCUUGGUGCCUGUUCCGGAAGACAAGGAUCAAGUCCAAUAUCAGAAUCAAGUCAACGAGCUUAUCAAAAAUAUCAUCACGUUUUGUGAGGAAAUCUUCCCAGAGGACAUCGGGGGCACUCAGUACGAGAAAUAUAUCAGCAGAGAACCUGAUGACGUGGAUGUGGGAGAUUCGCCGACGGAUCAAGUUCAGGAAGAUAUGGACUCGGAAGUUUACCCAUCUGAAGACGAAUCGGAGAAUCUUGAAGCUACAGCGCAGUUUGAUUUCAACGCGAGGUCUGAAAGAGAACUGAGCUUUAAAAAGGGCGACACAUUAACGCUGUACACGCAGGUCAGCAACGAUUGGUGGCGAGGCGCUCUAGCUGGCAGGGAGGGACUGAUUCCUGACAAAUAUAUUAUGCUCAAGAUAAAGGAUGAGGAGCGUGAGAAGGAUCUUUUAAAAUCGUCCAGCGAGGAAUCUAUGCGCAGAAGAGCGUCUAGUUCGGCAGAUAGCGUAUUAUCGAGCAACAAUUCGCCAUUGAUGGGCCCAUCAGCGAAUCCGAGCACCUGGUCGUCCGGUGCGGCGUCCGACAUGUCGUCCGCCACGACAAACAUGAUAACGGACAAUAGUAACGCCAGCGGUAUUAUCGCGCCCGUUGUGACAAAUGUGCCCUGCAUUUCGUCGUCGGCGCAGCCGAUCAUCAGUCGAGAGGCUGAUUCGGUGACUUUAUCGAGGUCGGCCAGGGCAUCCACCCCUACGGAAAACGAGAAGCACUUGGAACAACAUUGGAAUAACGCAGACGAGGUUCUCCAGAUCGGCCUGGAGAACAAUGUCGACUGCAUCGACGGCGGUAACGCGAACUCUGUACAACAGCAGCAUCAACAACGAGGCGGAGACAGCAGCGAGGAGAUCGCCAACGGGAAGGAUCUGGGGAGCAACGUCCUGGCGACGAUGUCGUUGGAUGGUAUCGUGACGAAACGCGGUGGCACCGGUCGGAAGCAGCAUCAUUGGAAGUCGCAGAGCGUUGGCGAGAGCGUACUGACGCAGCAGCAUCAACAGCUGCAAUUGUUGUCGCAUGCAAAUUCUUUGCCGACCUCGGCGACGACAAUUGCUACGAUAGCGGCGGUGGCGACGGCGACGACGACGACAACAACGACAACAACUAUCGUAACGCCAGAUACCGAUGAGUCGCACCAAGAGCAGACGAAUUUUUCGGCGAACCGCGAGCUUUGGCAGCGUCGCGCCACCUCGCAGACGACGCAGUCGACCCCGAGGUCGUCGUCCUAUUCCCGCACGUCGCAGGAGUUUCGCGAGAUGCGACAGAAGCACACGCCCGACUUGGUAAUGGACCUGCCGCUGUCAGCGCAGGAUCCGAUUGGCAAAAAAUCCGCGUCGUCCAGCAGCCUGAGCAGUUCGGACGAGGAAACAACGAUGCCGUCGUCCCUGCUGGUGCCGCAGCAGCAGCAGCAGCAGCAGCAGCAGCAGCAGCAGCAACCCUCGCGAGCGGAAGCGGCCACAUCGCCGACCGGUGGUCCGGAGUCACCAGACAUGAGCACCGCCGCCGAGCGCUUUGCCAAGCAGAACCAGUGCACCCUGAAAAAAAACACAAAGACCGCGAAUUUGGAGAAUGCCGCCGGUAGCAACAAGCUAAAGCGGAUUGAAACAGCGACGGAGCACGCUGAUGGAACGGGUGUCGUCGUCGUCGUCGACGCGGAGAACGACGAGAUCGUCCGGUCGGCCAGUUCGAAUCAAAUCGCCAUCGAUAGCGUCGGCGGUAGCGGAGGAGGAGGCGGCGGCGGCGGCGGCGGCGGCGGCGGCGGAGGGAUGCCGCUCAGAUCACCCGUGCCGCCGCGCUCCACCCCCAAGAUCGUUGCCAAGUUCGCCGACAUGCAUUUGACUGGCGGCAGCCAGGUGGUUUCGUCGUUCAAACCGCAGGUCAAGGUCAAGCCGACGAUCCUGCGCAAACCAGUGCUGCCGUUCCCGCAUCCGCACAUGAGCCCCGAGCUCGCGCGCAAGAUCGAGAAGCAAGCGCAAAGCGCGGAGCAGGCCAACUAAAUUUUGUCAUAAGCGGCGGAGCCGCCAAGACAUCCAUACAUUUAUUCGCCCUCUUGACACUUCGGCAUUACUUCUCCGAAAACUUGAAAGCGACGCUCAAGACUAGAGAAAGGUUUUAAGAGAGACGCGCAAUUUGCAUUUUUGCCAAUUCUCGUGUCGAAUCCCUCUAGUCGCGACCGCUUUGCGAACGAUGUUACUUGACAAUAAUCGUUUCCUAUUGCGAGUGCGGAGUUGCGCGUGGGAGAUGUGAAAAAGGUAAAAGACGAGAAAUAUACACGGAACUUGAACCUUCACCGGAGCGUCAAGCCACGAUUGCAUCCGUCGAGAUCUCGCCGUGUCCGAGGUGUAGCGUUAUAGAUUUUAUAGCGAUGUACGAAAGCGCGACCACUCAUUGACCAGUUACUCCGCCCAGUCGCGAGGACUUUUACCGUAUUAAUUAUCGUGCCCGAAAAAACAAAAAGGAAAGCCACUGCGAGAUAGCGGCGCGCGUAUCGAAUCGAUGAUCUUAACGAAGCCGCGGCGCUAUCCUCGUGGAGACGAGUUUAUUUUUUCUACAGAUGUUUUCCAUUUUCGCAUAAUUUUUUUACCAAAUGAUCCGCGCGAAGCGAUGUUUCUAGUCAUCGAGCGAAGAUAAUGAGAGAGAGGGGGAGAGAGAGAGAGAGAGAGAGAGAGAGAGAGAGAGAGAGAGAGAGAGAGAGAGAGAGAGAGAGUGUGUGUGUGUGUGUGUGUGUGUGUGUGUGUGUGUGUGUGUGUGUGUGUGUGUGUGUGUGUGUGUGUGUGUGUGUGUGUGCGUGCGUGCGUGCGUGCGUGUGCGUGUGUGUGUGUGUGUGUGUGUGUGUAAGAAACAAGUUGAAUAUGUGUAAAAGAGAGAAAAGGAGCGAAAAAGAGACACGUUAACAUUGAAGAACGUGAACUUGUAGUAUUUGGUAUAAUUUAUUUUUUAGCGUGUGCCCAAUGUAUACGCCCAAUGAUGAAUUUUCUUGUUACUGUCGCUGUACUCUUGAUGAGUAUCGUUGCGAGUGGCAAGUGCGUUCGACGGUUCCUUUAUGUGCGAGCGAGUGCCAGUAAGAGUUUAAAGAGAAAAAGGAAAAAAGAAAGAAGAAAAAAGUGUGGCGUUUCCCAACCUUCUCAUCUCCCGAGACACCGAGACAACUUCCUAAUAAUGAAUCUACAUCUGUUUUCCGCGUUACAGAAAGCGGAGGUGUGUGUGUGUGAGCGUGCGUGCGUGCGCGUGUGUCUGUGUGUGUAUGAGAAAGAGAGAAGAUGGGGUCUUUCGGAUCCCGCGAGUCCCGCGACUUUUAUCGAUAGGUUUAUUGUAAUAGAGUACGUUACACUACUAUGUAUACCGCGUGCCGAUCUUAAUUAUAGGUACUAACUAAUCCAAACAGCGAUGUUCGAUAUAUUCGAGAUAAAAACAGCGAGCGAGCGAGAGAGAGAGAGAGAGAGAGAGAGAGAGAGAGAGAGAGAGAGAGAGAGAGAGAGAGAGAGAGAGAGAGAGAGAGAGAGAGAGAGAGAGAGAGAGAGAGAGAGAGAGAGAGAGAGAGAGAGAGAGAGAGAGAGAGAGAGAGAAGGAAAAGGGGAAAAAGGAGAAUUUACCUAGGUGAUUAUUACAACGCGAAUAUUAAUCGAUUGACGUAAGCCGUUGCUUGUUACAAUUCCGAUACCAAUGAGGCGGGAGAAAAGGAGAGAGGAAGAAAGAAAGGAAGAAUUAAGGAAAAUGGGAGACAGUACACUCUCCGCGACUUACCUCGAUGUUACUCCCGCACAUCCCUCUAUAAUUCGAUCGAGAGGAGCAAGAAGAAAAGAAGAACUUGUGAUUUAACGAUUUUAACUAUCGUAUAAAUUAAUGCGCGAAAAAAGAAUAUAUGUACCGUGUAAGCGUAUAUUCGCGAGAAGACCCGUUCGUUCAACAGGAUUUGCGUAAAUCAACAGCAAAUUCCAAGAUUUGCGCAUUUUAAAACUAAUGCGAUGUUCCCCUUACUUUAUGUGUGUAUCGACUAAAUGUUUAGCACGCGUUAAGCGGCUUUUGGCGUCACCGGUGUUGUUGUAAUCUCUAUCACGGAUAUCCACAUUGAUGUCCCGGUGCGCAUAAUAGAUAUGCGUUUCCAAAAGUUGUCGCAAAAUCCUCGUCUUCAAGGAGAGAUUCCAAUCUAAAAAACUAAAUAAACUUUGUGAUUUUUUAAAGGAGAGCUAUUAAACAAAAAAAGUAGAAUUUUUGAUACAUAUAUAUUUAUACCUAUGAAUUUUUAAAAGUCGCUAAUGGUAUAUUCAAUUUGUUGGCUCGACUCGACAAUUCCGAGUCAAUAAUCUAUUCUUUUCAGCUGUAAGAGAAAAAAUAAAGUCUGAAGGAAGUGCAGCAGAAAAGAAGAUAUCAUUGGCUCAAUUUCAGAUCAAGUCAAUAAAUUGAAUAUAUUAUAAGCUCGUAUUCUCGAUGCGCUAUAAAUUGUUAUAAGUACAUCCUUAUUUAAAAAAAAAACGCUCCUUGAUCGGAGUUUUAUUAAUUUAUAUUUUUAAUGUGGAUGAUAGCGACAUUUAUAAUUAAAAAAGUUUUUUUGGUUCAUUUAUUUCAGAUAAAUAGAAAUUCUUCAAUUAUGCCCGCCGUUUUAAGACGGGAUAUGUUUAGCAACUUAUAGAUUUGAAAAUAUUGAAUUUAGAAACUUUAAAAAAUUCAUGCAUAUAGUUUAAACAUAAAUAAAUAUGUAUCUAAAACUUUAUGUUUCCAUGUUCAACAGUUUUCCUUAAAAAUCAUAAAUAUUUAAUCUUGAAAAACAUUUUCUUCUUAAUUCUAUUGACAUUUUUAAUAGACUUGAGAUCGAGCUUUUCUUCGAUACUGCCUCGAUAUUACGCAUCUUUUUUAAUUGAAUGAACAUGCAAUUCAUUCAAUAUCUCGAAGUGAUGGUAAUUUGCAAAUAACAGAUUUCUAUUUUUUAAGCCCCCUGUGAUAUUCUCGGUAAAAAGAUUAAAGCUCCGGAUUAUAAAGUAAAUCUGUUGUUUAGGAUUAAUGUGUGUCGUAAAAAAUCAUAAACCGAAUAUAAUUCGGGGAAAAAAUUUGAACUACAACAGCACUGGUUGAUGUGAGAAUCGCUUAACAUUGCAGGCGCUAUACCCACCACACUUAUGUACCAAAGUACCAAAGCGAAAAGAAUACGCCCCUCGUUCACACGUUGACUCGUACAAUAAUUUGUGAUUACAUCAAUCUUCAUAUCCGGUUUUUCGGUCUUUAAACGUUACUCCGUCUACAUUACUCGGUCUCUCCUUUUCUUCUCUUUUUUUUGUCUUGCAUCAGUAGACUGCGUAUUUUUGUAUAGCAAUCUCUCCGUUUCUCUUUUUUUUUACGUGGCACCUACUGCCAAUAACGAUUUUUAAACGAAUCUGUAAACGUAAUUUAAUACGCAUAUAAUUUAGUGUAGUCACGUCUUAUCAAUGGAUGGUCCGAGAGGAGCGUAAUAGCUUAAUUGAUAAUCUCUCCCAUUAAGGCUAAUGACACAUAUGAAUAUCGAUAAUAAACGAACUUACAGGCUAUACUA